GAUGGUAGCCCGCCACGGCGCUCGGCGACAAACUUUCCACGCUGUCAUGGGCGCUGCUUCGUGCGUGCGCAGGGCAGGACUGAGAUGGCCAACUUUGAAGCGGAUGUGUUGCACGUGUUCGAUGGUUUCCUGGAUGCGGCAUUGCUAAUAGCGAAGCCGAGGAGGGGCGAGCCCAACUAUGCCUUCAAUCCGAGUUUGUGGAAACGCCAGUGUACGUCCAUCGAGCAGGGCAUCAAGGUCUGGGCUGUGGGACAUGGGCUGUUUGGCCCGGGUUCUCCGUGGUAUGGCCCGGCUGUGACCUGCGGCCAGCUUUCCAAGGUUGUCUGGGGCACAGGCGGCAGACUGGCUGUGUUGCAGAGCUCGGCGGCAGUCCAUCGUGGGUGCAGUGGUGGUGCACUGGUGGCCGCAGAGACCGGUGAGUUGCUUGGCAUGGUCACUACCAAUGCCAAGCAGCAGGACGGCGCCGUGCUACCGCACAUCAACUUCAUUCUGCCCGUGAGCCUGUUGUCUCCAUUGUUCAGCUUCUUGGAGACAGCGAGUGAGCCGGGAGCUCUGCCGAAGCUGAUUCAGGAGCUGGAGGCAGCAGGCGCCACUCCCGAAGAACGGGGGCUGUGGAGGCUGGAGCCGGAGCAUCCGAAUCUUCCAAGUCGAUUGUUAGCGAGGAAGCAGCACGUGCUGGAGAGCUUGGAUGAGCUUGAAAAGGUUGCCAACGUAGAGGUCCCGCCUGGCAACAAGGGCAUAGCCUUUGUCAGCUACAAGGAUCCCAGUACUGCUUCGUCGGUUGUAGCCCACCAGCAGCACGAGGUGAAGCCUGGCCUUGUGCUUAUUGCUGCCCCAGCAUUCGACAGACCUCAGCAGGGGUCCAAAGGAGGAGGCAAGGGUGGCUUCGGUGGCUGCGGUGGCGGCUGCAAUGCCUUCAAUGGUGCCUGUGGUGGUUGUGACCUCGGCAGCUUCGGAGGCUUCGGAGGUGCUCCCUGCAAUGGAUGCGGCUUUAGUGACUUCUCCAUGAUGCAGGGAUUCCAGAAUGGUUUCCAAGCCGGUGCAAACCAACAAAGCUUUGGAGCACCGGCCUUUGCGCAGGGAGGAUUUGUCCCACAGGGCAUGCCCGGUGGCUUUCCUGUUCAUGACGGCAUGGCCUGGAGCUCAGCCUUCCGCGUAGCAACUGCGGUGCUUGAGACGCCCGUGCAGCUGGCAGCUGCUGCACCACAUCGCAACUGGACAGUCGGUGCUGCAGAGGAUACGGGUGCAGCGGAUUUGCUGCAGUCGUUCUUGGAAGACCGAGCGAGCAAUGCAGUCAGUGCCGCUCAGCUCCGCUGCGGCCUGGCCAAGCUUGGCUUCGAGCUGAGCGAUGAGGAGUUUCUGGGAGUUUACGAGAAGCUGGGGAAGGACGCUAAUGGACACGUACUGCUGGCAGAUCUUGACAAGAGACUGACCCGCACCGGAACCAAAGAGCGCCAGAGAAGCAAGCCGACUGCGGAUACGGAAGUGCAGCAGAAGCGUGCGGCUUCACAUGUCCCCAGCUUGCGAACCGAUGUCGGGGCCUCUGCACAGACGGAUGCUGCAGCCGCCCAUGCGCCGACCGUGCCUGAUUGGCUGGCAGGCAAUGACAGGCACGGGGCCUUGACUGAACGUGAAAGGCGCAUGGCCAGCCACCGCCGGAAGCCAGUCGAGCUGGUGCCUUUGACAGACAGCGACUUGGUCCUGGCCAAAAUCCGGAGCCUGCUUCUUCGGAGGAAGGUCAGAUCCGUGGAUGUCCUCAAGUGCCUGGAUGCCAGGAGGACUGGGUCCGCCUCCAGGAAGGAGCUGUGCAGUGGCUUGGAAAGGCUCGGCGUCGGCAAGCUGUCCGCCUCUGAGAAGAGAGACUUGUUUGGGGCUUUGGACUCGGCGAACAGCGACAACAUCAAUCUCACAGAGUUCCUUACUUCACUGAAACAGGCGGAGAAGAAGGCGCGUAGCCAGGGCCAGGACGAGCUCAUCGACACUUGGAAGCCUCCCUCGGAGCUGGCUGAUGUUUUCACCAGCACCACGACGGAUUGGUCAAAGCGCACCCUCAAGUUCGACAACGAUUUCCCUGACAAUGAACGCGGGGCAUCGAAAUGCUUGACAAGCCGUGAGGUCUCUCAGUCUCUGGACUUUGACAUCUCACAAUCUGACUUCGAACUGGCCCCUCACGACAUGAUUGGGCUAAGCGAAACAACUUCGCCCCAAAGACUCAACGCCUCCAGCAGUUCUUGGCUGCAGGCCUCUGCAGGACCUCUAAGAGCGGCACUGGCAGCCCCCUUGGGUUGCGGCAACUUGCAUGACAACUACAUUUUGAGGCAACGGCUCGUGAGCAACACGCGGGCAUCGCAUCCACCCAGUCUGGAGAGCGAAAGACUCCCGCUUUAUAAGCAUGGCAGAUUCCGGCGAGCAAUCGCAGACACGCGAUGGGGAGCAGAGGUUGUUGGCCUUCCAGAUGAGCGAAUGCGUCGCACAUGCGAUGGGUGCCUGACUGCAAGCCGGCCUAGACGCCAAGACUUCAUGGAUCGCGGUAGGCAGAAGUUCAAUGCUCCGCUUCUCCAGUCUGUCGUUGACUCCGUGGUGUUUGGCACCACGAGGACCCAGAAAACGUCUGUUGUGCUAAAGCACCAAGUGCAUUGCAUCACCACGUUGAUUCCGAAUGUGUGGAUAUGCACAACGCAAUCCAGUGAGCUUGAAGCUUUUGAUGCGUCGAUGGCCGGCAGCUUAGAACUUGCAGAAAUGGACCGUUUCCUGUGGGCCUUGAAUGCAAUGCGAGGUUCCUGGGAGCCGGCCGUGGAGCUGACGUUUCUCAGACGAUACAGGCUGCGCAAUGGUGUUCUCGCAGACCAUUCGUCGUUCCUGUUCGAUAGUGACAAAACGAUUUUCCACUCCAAGAAGAGCGCGAACACGGAGUACAAGUCCUAUUCAGCUCUGGGCCUGCCCAACGUGUCUUUGAAGAUGCUCUUCAAGAUGGUUGUGGUGUCGAUCGCCUUGGCAGUCAUGCUGUACGGCACCAUAAAGGCGCUGAUGGCUGCCGUCAAAGAGCUUAUGGAGAUCAUCAGAAAGAUGACCAAUUAUGCGAGAAGCAUCACGCCGCCCGGUUCAGACAACUUCCCCGACAUACCUGGACUUAAGAUACCGAAGCUGAAGAUCCCGGACAUCCCAGGGAUUAGUCCACCGAAGCUUAGCCUAGGCUCGGCUGCCAAGAUGCUGGGAGAGGGAGCGGCGGCGCUGACGGCACCGCUGGCAAUUCUUGCUGCCAUUGCAUUGCUCAACAGGUACCGUAUCUUCAAGGCGAGGCUGUGGCCACCACUCUCAGGCCUUCCGGGUUUGCGAAAUGGCCUGUACCGUCUGCCUUACCGCGGUUUCAAGGGUGUGUUUUCGCACUUGCCCUACUUCGACCAGCUCUACAAUGCAGGAGGUCGCAAGCUGCCCAUUCUAGGCUUGCCCAAAGCCACGCUGAAUCCAGGCAAACAGCCUAUGGUGCCGGCUCGCAUCAACAAGCCGAGAAUCGAGGGUGCUGCAGCUGUGGACUAUGACACGGUCAUGAAAGAGUACGACUUCUCCCAUGGUGUCAACCUUGGAAAGAGCGUGCUGGUGCCCUCCAUCAUCCUGAACCUUUCUAUGCAGUUCAAGCGGUUCAAGGAGAUGAUACCAUUUAUGGGGCCUCCGACCGUGAAAGAAAUGUUUGGGACGGAGAGCCUCAUGAAGAAGCUGACGCGAGCUCUGGUGAAAGGAGCUAUGGCUUACGGAGCCUACAAGGCAACGGGCUUCGUUGCCGAGGGAACUUGCCGGUGGCCUUCAGCAUCACUGGCUGGACCCCAAGCUUCGAGCUUCACACUGCCAGAACAUAGGCUUGUGCUCGAGCAGUUCUCUGGGACAGGCUUUAACGGACAUCAUGAAAGUUAUCUGGGUGAGAGGCCCGCGAAGACCUCCCCAGUCAUCCAGGCUGCAAUGCUGGAAGAGGUGGUGGGCCUCGCAUUACCUCCGUGGCAGUUCUUUCUGGAGCAGAGCACCCUUUGUGACGAAGGAUGCUCGAAGAGUCGAAGAAGGGUGCAGCUGUACAACUUCUUGUAA